AUGAGGACGGAAGUGAUAGAAGGCAACAACACCAAACCUAGUGCUCCUCUCCUGGCCCAACGGUAUCCAAGAAUGGUCACUAAAGAUGGACAUAGCACACUUCAGAUGGAUGGUGCCCAAGGGAAAGGUCUUGCAUACCUAAAAGAUGCCUGGGGAAUUCUAAUGGAUAUGCGCUGGAGAUGGAUGAUGCUGGUGUUUUCUGCAUCUUUUGUCCUUCACUGGCUUGUUUUUGCAGUUCUCUGGUACCUACUGGCUGAAAUGAAUGGGGAUCUAGAGAUUGAUCAUGAUUCUCCACCUGAAAACCACACAAUAUGUGUAAAGUACAUCACUAGUUUUACAGCUGCUUUUUCCUUUUCACUGGAGACACAGCUUACUAUCGGUUAUGGCACAAUGUUCCCAAGUGGUGACUGUCCAAGCGCAAUUGCUCUACUUGCUAUACAAAUGGUACUGGGUCUGAUGCUGGAGGCAUUCAUCACAGGUGCAUUUGUAGCAAAAAUUGCUCGUCCAAAGAACCGAGCUCUCUCCAUCCGGUUCACCUAUUCUGCAGUAGUGACACACAGAGAAGGAAAACCAUACCUAAUGUUCCAAGUGGCCAAUACUCGCCCAAGCCCACUCACCAGUGUUCGGAUUUCUGCAGUUCUUUAUGAAGAACGAGAAAAUGGGCAGCUUCAUCAAACUAGUGUAGAUUUCCAUCUUGACAGCAUCACUUCUGAAGAGUGUCCAUUUUUUAUUUUCCCCCUGACAUAUUACCAUUCCAUAACUCCAUCAAGCCCUCUAGCUAUUCUCUUACAAAGGGAGGCUCAUCAUCAUUUUGAGCUAGUAGUCUUCCUAUCAGCCACACAAGAGGGCACAGGAGAAACAUGCCAAAGGAGGACAUCGUAUCUUCCAUCUGAGAUCAUAUUACACCACCAUUUUGCCUCCAUGUUGGUCCGAGGAGCCAAAGGGGAAUAUCAGAUCAAGAUGGAGAAUUUUGACAAGACAAUCCCAGAACUUCCAGGAGCAGACUCCAAAAGCUCAAAGAGGACUGACAUGGAGAUCCGCAUCAAUGGACAGCACAUUGACAGCUUCCAGAUUUGCGAGACCCGUCUGACCGAAUAG